AUGCCUCCUCGCCGAGCUGCUUCGGCCAAGCCCGACGCGGCCGUUGCGAAAGAAACAAAGGCCAGUGCCAGCAAGGUCACCAAGCCUGCCGCAAAGGCCACCAAGGCCGCUCCCAAGAAAGCCGCCGCCGCAAAGGCUGAGCCCAAGCCCAAGCCCGCCGCGAAGCCCAAGGCCAAGGCUGCUGUCAAUGGCGUCAAUGGUGUGAACGGCGUCAACGGUGUCCACUCUGACGAGGACGAGAAGCCCGCGGCCCCGGCCACCAAGACCAACAACAAGCGCAAGGUUGACGUUGAGGAGUCUGACACUCCUUCCGUAGCCUCUGAUCGGCCCGUCAAGAGAGCCAGAACCGCAUCAGUCUCCCAGCCCAAGCCCAAGGCUCCUGCCAAGCCCAAGGCCGCGAAGCCGGCGCCAAAGCCCAAGAAGGUGGUCCAGCAGCCUGUCAUCAACAAGGUUCCCUCAACCAAGCUCGACAUCUUCGUCUUCGGCGAGGGCUCCUCCGGCGAGCUGGGCCUCGGCAGCAAGAAGUAUGAGGGCAAGCUCAAGCCCAUCGACGUCAAGCGUCCUCGCAUCAACCGCAAUCUCGAGAAGGCUGGCGUCGUCCAGGUCGCCUGUGGUGGCAUGCAUGUUGUGGCCUUGACCGCCGACAACAAGAUCCUGACCUGGGGUGUCAACGAUGACAAGGCCCUCGGCCGCGACACGACCUGGGACGGCGGUGUCCGGGAUGUUGACGACGAGUCGGACGACGAUGAUGAGGAUGACACGGGCAUCAACCCCCGUGAGAGCACACCCACCGAGAUCAGCUACGAGGGCAUCCCCGAGGGCACUGUCUUCACUCAGGUUGCUGCGACCGACUCUGCCUCCUUCGUCGUGACUGACGAGGGUGACGUCUACGGCUGGGGCACCUUCCGUGGAUCGGACGGGAUCAUUGGCUUCUCGCAGGAUGCUCGUACUCAGGCAACACCUACCAAGAUCUCCGUCAAGGCCGUCAAGAAGCUCGCCUGUGGUUCCAACCACGUCAUUGCGCUCGACAAGGCCGGCAAGGUCUGGACCUGGGGCGCUGGCGGCCAGUACCAGCUUGGCCGGCGCAUCAUCACCCGCCACAGCGGCGCCACUGCUGGCCUCAAGCCUGAGCUCUGCAGCCGCUUCGGCGCCAAGAAGUUUGCCGUCGAUGUCGCUGCAGGCUCUUACCACAGCUUCUUCCUUGACAACCACGGCCAGGUCUGGGCUUGGGGUCUCAACAACUUCUCGCAGACUGGCCACGAGAGCGUCGGCGAGGAUGACGCCAUGGUCCUCGAGCCUGCUGUUGUCGAGUCGCUGAGCGAGCUCGAGAUUGCCGGCGGCGAGCACCAUUCUGUCGCUUGCACCAAGUCUGGCAAGCUCCUCACCUGGGGUCGCAUCGACGGCCACCAGCCCAGCGAGGUCUACACCGAGGACAACACCGUCUUUGACGAGAACAAGCGUCCCCGCAUCCUCUUUGCUCCUACUGAGAUCAAGGAUAUCAAGGCAUCUUACGUCGCCACCGGAACCGACACGAGCUUUGCUAUUACCGAGGAUGGCGAGGUGCACUCGUGGGGCUUCUCUGCCAACUACCAGACUGGCCAGGGUACGACGGACGAUGUCGAGACGCCCGAGCGGAUUGAGAAUACUGCCAUCAAGGACCGCAAGAUCACCUGGGCUGGCGCUGGCGGGCAGUACUCCAUGGUGGGUGCUGCCCACGCAGAGAGCCAGGUCAAUGGCAGUGCCUAG